GAUUAGUGCAUGUUUAUUAAAGUAUGAUUUGUGGUUCAUAGUUUAUUGUGUAUGACAUCAUUUGAUCUGUUGAUUUAGAUAAUGUACUGUGUAUUCUAUAAAUUUUGACAUUUUAAACAGUCUGGAAGGUAAUUCGUUUACAGUUUGUGGCAUUGACGGUCUCUUGGUAAUUUUAUUUGUUUUGAUUGUGGGUUAAAUAUAGCCCUUUAACUCUGAAAUUGAUCACUAUUCCGAUUAGAUAUAUUUUUCAAACCAACCUUUAAAUAAAUCUUAUGUAUCAUUCUUUUUUUAUUUAAAGUAUUUCCUUUCAAAACAGGUCUAUUGAAAUGUUGGCAUUAUAUUGGUAUACAAUUUUGAAUUAUUUCCCUUGAGUGCAACUCUUAAAAAUUGAAGGUGCCCUAAUUAUGCACUAAAAUGGAUGCUGUCAUUAUUUUGAUGAGAUGAAAAAUUCAAUAUUUCAUCAAAAUGGACGAAACAGAGGAGCCAGUUAAUUUGAAAACUUCAUCCUCUAGUAAUGACAUGCAGUACUCUGGUGACAUGAAGUUUGGAUGGGAUGAGCUCUGUCCAGUCUGUGGUGACAAGGUCUCUGGAUACCACUACGGUCUACUUACAUGUGAAAGCUGUAAAGGUUUCUUUAAACGAACAGUUCAAAAUAAAAAGGUGUACUCCUGUGUGGAUAAUAGAUCAUGUCUAAUUGACAAAGCACAAAGAAAGAGAUGUCCCUUUUGUAGAUUUCAAAAAUGUUUGAAUGUUGGUAUGAAAUUAGAAGCUGUACGUGCAGACAGGAUGAGAGGUGGAAGGAACAAAUUUGGCCCAAUGUAUAAACGAGACAGAGCACUGAAGCAACAAGCAGUUAGACAACAGCAACAGAUGCUGGCACAAUGCCAAAUACGACUACAGAAUGGGAUGACAAGUCCAGAUGAGGAUAUUAAACCAGACCCAGCAAUGUUACAACAUAUUUCACAGAUGGUCUCAAACAGCAUGGGAUAUAACAGCUCAAACAUGUCCGGCAUGCCAUCACCUUCCAUGCCUGACUCUCCUAACUCUGACAUCAGCUGUGUGUCCUCCUCCCAGCCGUCGCCCAUUACGUCACACCCACAAUCGCCAUACACCAUGACCCAGAACUUCCAUCCACCUUCGAUGAUGCACGACCCCAGGAACCAUUACUCCAUGCCAUCAUAUCAAUAUCAUCACCAGAUGGCACCACCUGUUAUACCAAUUGUGCCUCAGACUAUUAUAAAUAUGAAAGCAAAUAUGACUGAUGAAAUGGAAAUCAAACACAAACUUUUAUCAUUUCUUCAUAAUGCAUUUGGUGCUGAAGAUAUUCUUAGUCAGCCAAUCAAAUUAUUACAGAUGAUUUGUAAACUGUCAGAUCAGCUAUUAUUUCUAAUGGUGGAGUGGGCCAGGACUUCUACUUAUUUUAAAGAACUUAAGGUUGAAGACCAAAUGAAACUAUUACAACACAGUUGGAGUGAGAUUUUAAUAUUAGACUUUGUACAUAGACUUGCUCAUGAUACAUGGAGUGGAGAGGUAUUAAUGGGAAAUGGUCAGCGACUAAAUAUAGAUUGUUUAGAUAAACUAGGAUUAUCAGACUGUAAAGAUAGGAUAAGAGACAUGGUACGAAAAAUGAGAGAAUUGAAAAUUGAUGUCAACGAAUAUCUUUGUCUGAAAUACCUGAUUCUCCUUAAUCCAGAUGUCCCUGGGCUAGAGAACAGACAACAUGUGGAGCAGUGCCAAGAAAAUAUCAAUGCAGCAUUAAUGGAAUACUGUAUUAACUUUUAUCCAAGUUUAAAAGACAAAUUUGGCCAAGUUUUACUACGGCUACCAGAAGUUAGGGUUAUAAGUAUUCGUGCAGAAGAAUUUCUUUACUACAAGCAUUUAAACAAUGAAAUUCCGGACCAGACUCUUUUGAUAGAAAUGCUCCAUUCAAAGAAAAAAUAGUGAUAAAUAUAUAUAUAAACUAGAUUAACUUGUGCCAUAGACAGGUGACGCCUGCUCCUUUGUAAAAUCAGAAUAUUGGUUACCAUGGUUAUGGUAAGAAGCUCCGGCAGCGAUAUAUAUUGUUCAGAGAAUGAAACGUGUACUAUGUACUACUGGUUUGUGCAGAUGAUGACCUCAGAAUGAAAUCUUUGCAAUAUUCAUUUUAAUUCAUCUGUAUUUUCUGAAGUUAGAGCCUAUUUGAUAUUCAUGGCCAGUAGUCUGAGAGCUGUAAAGGAGCUUUUCAAUGAUAGACAGGGAUAAGGGAUAGAUUUUUGUUCAAAUAGAUUAAGCAUUAUUGUGAACUAUUUACAGAUUUUCUAAAAAGGUUAUAGUUGUCCUGAAUAUGUCUGAAAACUUUGUGUUCAGUCUGAAUUGUAAAUUCUUUUCUUUUUGUAUUGGUGUAUAUCAUUCUUUCCGUAUAGUUUGUCACAUGAAGUUUUUAUACUGUUUCAUGGUUUCCCUCAUACAGAUCAGCUCAGGUUUUGACUUUUGAUUUGACCUUGGUCAGAAAAUGUUAUAUUUUUGUGAGAAUGCUGAAUUAGACAAGUCAAAAGACAAAUAACGUUUCCAUUAUUCAUAUAUAUACUGUUUAUGAUAUAUAUGUAUAUUUUGUUGUUGACGUGCAUUUAUGCAUAAAGAUAUUUCUUGCUAAUGCAUACAAAUGGAAUGAAUAUUCAGGGAUGUAAAUUUCCUUUUGUUAGUUACAAGCUUUCAAAAUGUGUAUAUUCCCCCUCCUGAAAAGUUAUUGAAAUCAAAUAUUAUACUUAUAAAAUCACAUUUGUCUGUAUAUUUCAGAUAAUGCAUUUUGUUGUGGUCUACCUCUUGUAAUACAGCUCAUGAGAAUAUUUUUUCUAAAAAAAAAAUAUUUAAUACAGUGAACUCUUAUUGUAUAACUAAAAAAAAGCGAUUAUUUUUUAUCAACAUCAAUUUUGGUUUUAUUUUGGCAAGUCUAAACAAAACACUCAUUAAAGGUUCAUGUACGACUAUUUAUUAACAUUUUCAGCGGAAUAUCAAUAAAGUGAUAUAUCGUUUGUCGUUUUGAUCAGGUCUUCACACAUUUUGCCCUUUUCGGGUCUUAUAUUAAAAGUCCUUUUUAAAGAGAAUUUAUUUAAAGUUUUGUUUCCUGUUUUUCUUGAGUUUCCAGAUGUUUGUUGUUCAAUACCUGUUAAUGAUGUUAUAUCUUUUCUUUUCUUUUUAUAGAACUGACAUGUGAUUAAUUUGGAUAUUUGUAAAUAUCAAAGUCAACAUUGACAUUAUCUUUAGUGCUAAUUUCACAUGUGUCUCUCAAAUGUGAGAAGAAGUCAAGAAGUAAACAAAGUUUGGUUCUAAAAAUAGAAAUAUUUUACUUUUUUUUACUGCGAAUUCAUUUUGAUAGAAUGUCAAUAAUGUGCCACCUUUUGUUUAAUUUUUUUUUAGAAAUAACUUGUUAUAAGUUGGGAUAUUUCUAAAUAUCAGUCAACUUUGACAUUAUCUUAAAGAAUACUUUCACACGUGUCACUCAAAUGUGAGAAGAUUUCACGAAGUAAACAAAGUAAUUAUCCUAAAAAUAGAAACAUUUUACAUUACAUCCUGUAGAUUAAAGAAGAAAAAAAUCUAAUCAUGGAUACUAGAUUUCGUGGAUUUGUCCAUCUUUAGAAUUAACUUCUAUAGGAAACAGAUACCUCAUUGAACAUUUAAAUACUUGGUUCAUCUUAACCAAUGAAAUCCUUGAAAAUUAAAACCCUGAAUCUACAAUAGUGCAGAAUAACACCAAUCUUCCAGAUAAUUACUCUAAAAUUAAUUUUAUCAAAAUUUUAGCUUACUCUUCAAAGGUUCAUUGUGUUAGGCAGAUUUUGUUUGGAAACAUUAUUAGAAAAGGCACAAAAGUAGCUUUAAACAGUUAUUAUUGAAAAUUGUUUCAGCAUUCAUUCUCCUUUUUUACAAAAUUUGGCUCAAACUAUAUUUUUUUUAUAUGCAACAACAGUUUAUGGAAAUUAAACAUCUUUUAUUGAUUUUUAUGGUACUAUGCAUAUGUCAAAUGUAAAUGUCUUUUUGACUUACUAAUGGUGAACUACCAAUAUGUAAAUUACAAUAUAUGUACUGUGCAUGUGUUUCAGUAUUUACAGGGUUCAAGGCUGGGCUAGAAAAUGUUGAGGGAUGGCAUGGAUGGGUGUCCAUGAAUACAAAAAUAAUAUAAAAAAUAUAUAAAAGAAAAGUAAAGGAAUAGAUCUCUGAUUAAAAGCAGUAUUAUUUAAAAGUACCAAGUCUAGAUUUUUUUCUUCAAAAUAAAAUAGUUGCACUGAUAUUAUUACUUAAAUUCGAUGAAGUUUCUAUGAAGAAAAUAUGUUUGUUUGUCGUUCAGAUUUUAAAAUUGAAAGCAAGCAAUGUCUACCCUUAUCUUAGGACAUAAUUAUUGAAGAAAUAUUUUAGACUUGUGAUGGAUUUCGAUUUUAUUUUUUCCUUUGAAUAUUAAAGAUACAUGUACCAUAUAUGGUACUUUAAAACAAUGCAUAGGUUUACCAUGAUGGUAUUUAAGUUCUUUCAGGUUUUUAUUCUAAAUAAGAUACAAUUGAUUUAAAUACUCUCCCGUUAAUUUACUUUAUUUGCUCUUUUUUUUGUUAUUCAUAAGAGGUCCACAUGAACUUUUUUCCCCCUUUAUUUUGGGAAUGUUUUUUAUUGCAUAUGAGGAAAGUAAUUAACUAAAUGAAGGUAGCAGAUAUUUUAUUUGUCCAUAGAAAUGAAAAAUUUAAAUAGUAAAGACUUCAUAGAAUUGAAAAUGUAAAAUAAUUAUUUAAAAAGAAAAGAAAAAAUAUCAGUAACAAUUUUUAAUAGAAGAUUUUAUUCAACAUUUUUUUUUGUUUACAUGAUCUACAUGUAGCCAUGCUUAAGGUGAUAUGCAAAUCUGAAUUGAUAGUAUUUUAUUUGAUAACUAUCAUGGAAUAAUUUAAUUGAAAACAAGGUCAUAUGUUAAUUCUUUUUUACUGAUUGAGUAGUUUUUUGUGCCGAGUUACUUAUUCAAAGUUGGGCAAGUAAAGAAAAUCAUUUUUUUCUCUUUUUAGGAAGACCAAACAUCUGUAGCUAUUAUUAAAUUUUCUAGUUACAUAUAUAAGUGCUAUUUCAUUCUCUUUUUUGCAUUUUGAUAAACAUACCCAUGUUAUGAAAUAGGGCAGCAAUUUGUAUUGCAAAAUUAUAUGGGAUGUUUUUCAGACAAUCUUGGUGAUUUACUUUCUGAUGAACAUGGAAAAGUGCUACACAUUUUGUUAGUGCAUCACAAAUGUUAUAUUUUUAAGAGAUAUUUUUAAUUUGUUCUAUUGUUAAUUAUUUCUGAGAAAAGUGCUUUUUAUCUUAGAUUUUUAUUUUUAGAUAGCGUUUUAGCUUCAUUUAAACUAAUACAGAAUAAGUACUAAAAUCAUGUUUAUGAAUUUUCCUGUGUAAUUGAUAUUUAUGAUAUAUAUAUAUAUUUGUGAAUUUGUUGCAUUUCCUUGCUUAUAAGGAAUAAUUGCAUAUACAUUUAUUUUCAACAUUAUAUUAAAUUUAACAUUUAAGAAUUUCUCUUCAUGAUAAUAUAAUAAUGGUUAUAAAAAAUCUUGAAAAUUGUGAUCAUUUAAAAUGAAUUCACACACAGGUUUUUAAUUAUUGAGCAAAUAAGCUGAUUGCAGAUGCAUAGAUGAGGAUGAAAAUCAUUUAUUUCUCUAAUGUGCUGCUGUCUAUGUAUAAUUUAUGUUAUUUAUAAUCAGAAAGUGCUUAUUGUUUAUUUAUUAUUCACUUGUGAUCUCAUACCUUCAUAAAUUGUGAAAAAGUGAAUUUAUAUCGAACCUUUCCAUCUGUUAUGAUCAAUUGUAUAUUUCGUUUCAUUUUAUAAAAAAAUAAUGUUUCUGUAUCAAAAAGACAUAAAUAACAGCAAGUUACACAGGUAAUUACAUUGUAUUAAGCAUUGUGAAACUACUCAAAAUAAAUUUUUUACCACACCCUUAAGUGUUAUAACUAUAGCUUUUUGGAUAACUUAUAAUAGGAGCAUGGUCAAAUCCCAGCUUUCUUUGACUAAUACAAAAUUAAAAUAAAACUGUUAUCAAAAUUAAAGCAUUUUAAGGGAAAAUAAUAAAAUUAAAAGAGAGAAAAAACCACAAUCUUAUUAUCAAAAAUUUCUAAAAGAUUGAAGUUUCAUUACACGUAGAAAAAUAGGAUUGAUCAUAUCAGAUGCUAACUCAUUGACUUGUGAUGUAGAUGAUGUAAAUAUUACAGUAACUAGUGCCAUGUUUUUAUGGGGUCAUUACAUUUUAUAUAUAUGUGUGUGUAUGUAUUACAUUUUCUUGUUAUUUUAUAAGUAUGAUUGUUAAGAAGGUUUAUGAUGUAUUUAUAGAAAUGAUGAAAUUUUUAUGACACAUCAGGUGUAUUUUAGGUGUAUUUAUUAUGAAAGUAUCAUUUAAGAGUUAUAAGAUUAUAAUGAUUUAAAAAUUUUUAUUUCAUAUUUUUUGCCUCAUUUUAAGUCUAUUUCAAUGUAUAUUCACACAGAUAAUUUGAUAUUAUAUGUUUUUGCCAUCAACAUGAUAAAAUAGACUUUUUUGAAGAGCAUUUUGUCUGAUCUCGCUUGUUGAAGGAUGAAAGAAGAGUUCAUUUAUGAUGUGAAACUGGCAGUUUUUGCAAAAAAAAUUUACCCCCAAAAAUUAAAAAAAUUCAAGGAUAAAAGAAAAUUUAUUUUGAAUUCCAGAUUUUAGUGGUUUGAACCUGACAAUAGUCUAGCCUAUUCGGUGAAAUUAUUUUUUCAUUCUUAAUUUUUUUUUUAUAGGAUAUCAAAACCUAGAAAAAAAAAGCAAUUGCAAUCAUCUUCUAGUCACACAAAAUCUAUUAUGCAGAAAUAAUAAUUAGCCUUUUUGAUUUAAUUUAAAUUUAUUAAUUGGAUCUUAAAAUUGUAGUACAUAUAUUUUCUUAUGACUAGAUCCUUUUGAUAAAAAAAAAAUUUGCUGUGAAAAAACCCAACUCAUUCCAUUUUUAAGUUUGUCUGUUAAAUUAAAUUUGAAAGUUUUAAGCCAACAGCUCAUCUACAAAUGUAUACAAAUGAACAAUUGUGAUUGGUUAAAUCAGAUAAUGUUAAUGGUUAUGUUGUAAACAAGGGAGACAAUUUGGCUUCAUUCAUUGAAAAUUGUAUAUUGAUAAUAAUAUAUAUAUUGUUGAUUGUACUUUGACUGAGUCUUUAACAAGUAGAGAAAUAUUACUAAUGUUUUCAGAUGUAGCAUUUAUAAUGUGUACAUUCUCUUGUUAGACUUGUUAAUCCAGAGAUUCUCUGGAGAAAUCUAAACAAUAAAAGAUAAAAAUAAAA